ACUCCUUCACCUCCACUUCAGUGACCUCCACGUUUUAAGUGUGCUAAAUUGGCUGGGGGCUGGAAAGGUUAAACACGUGUAGCACAAUUUUCAGUAAUGUCGUUUUUCAUAAGGACGACUGCUAAUGGAAAGCAAAUCGAGGGGCGGAGCGGAAAAUAUGUUAAAAAGAAAUUGAAACGGAAGAAGAGUGAAUUAAGUCAACACCUAAGGAAAAGAAAGGCACUUGAAAAUGGUGACUUGAAUAAGCAUGCAUUGUCAUUAGAUAAUGAAGAGAUAGAAAGUGAUUUGGAAAGUGACAUUGUCGAGAAUAAUACAUCAGGUCAAAAUAUACAUUUAGAAUUGGAAGAUGACACAGGAGAAACAGCACAAGAUAAAAAAGUUCGUUUGGCAAAACUUUACCUUGCUGAAAUUGAAAGAGAAGAGUGCGAACGAGCAGAAAGAGAGGUUAUUGACAAGGAUGUAAUUGCCCAUCGUCUGAAAGAGGAUUACCUAGAACAAAGUGGUAAACUGAGAAAGGCGGUUGCAGAUAAUUAUGUGGGGGUUGAGAAUAAUGGCAUUCAGUUUCUACGGUGUAAGGAGCAUAAACUUGCUAUCACGUGCCUCGUCAUAUCAUCAGACAAUAAGUUUAUUUAUUCAGCGUCUAAGGAUUGUGGAAUUGUGAAGUGGUCUCUAGCAGAUAGGCGUAAAGUAAACUGUAGACCGAGAACACAGAAAGGGUCAUCAGACAUGGAUAAGGGCCACACUGCAGCAGUGCUCUGCAUUGCCAUAUCUUCAGAUAACCGCUUUCUUGCUUCAGGUGGUGAAAAUAGAGUGAUUCAUAUUUGGCACCCUGACACUCUGGAUCAUUUACAUGUGUUCAAAGGUCAUAAUGGUUCUGUUAGUGGCUUGGCCUUUAGAAAAGGAACUCAUCAGUUGUUUAGUGUGUCUACAGAUAAAGCAGUCAAAAUAUGGAGCCUGGAUGAGAUGACAUAUGUAGAAAGUUUAUUUGGCCAUCAGGCUGGAAUCACAAGCGUAGAUGUUUUGUCAAGAGAACGGGCUGUGACAUCAGGAGGUAGGGACCAUACAGUUAGGAUAUGGAAGGUAGUGGAAGAAUCACAGUUGAUAUACAAUGGGCACAUAGGUAGCAUUGAUGCAGUGAAACUGAUUAAUGAAGAACAUUUCCUUUCUUGUGGUGAAGAUGGACAGUUGUGUGUUUGGGGAACCAAAAAGAAGAAACCACUGUGCACAGUAGAAUUUGCUCAUGGUGUGUCUGCACAAAAUAAAGAACCAAAUUGGAUCUCUAGUAUUUCCACUCUAACAAACACGGAUUUAGUUGCUUCUGGUUCGCACGAUGGAUAUGUUAAACUCUGGAAAUGUGAUAGUGGUUUUCGAUCACUGAGUCCUGUUCUAAAUAUUCCUAUUGUAGGCUUCAUUAAUGCAAUGGCUUUUACUUCUGAUGGUAAUUAUCUUAUUGUGGGUGUUGGUCAAGAACACAGACUUGGUAGGUGGUGGAAGGUAAAAGAAGCAAAGAAUGGAAUCUUGAUCAUCCCCUUAACAAAGAAACAAAAUUGAAUUCUUGGAAUCAAUAUUUUUUAUAUUCUGUGUUAAAUGUGAUGAAAAGCUUUAGAAGUGACACAUGUUCAUGUAACUGUUAGUGGAAGUAUUAAUUUUUAUUAAUGUCAUUAGAUGUCAGAUGAUAACUUUAACUCCUUUUUACCUGUGUGCCAUAUUACAGAUGCAGUUUCGGAAGGAGAGAUUGGUUACUGUUGCUUUUUGUGAUAUCUGGUAAUGCUUCCAUUUUUAACAUGAUUAAUGAAUCACAAUUUAAUGUGGCAUGUUGCUUUUCCAUUGAUAAUAAAAGGAAACACUUCUGUGUACUAGCACUGACUA